AUGUCUGUGCCAGGCGACAUGGCCAUGCCAGGUUCUACUAAUAAAAUUAAUAAUCGCAAAGGUACAAGAGGUGGUAGUCCUGGAUUGGCUAGGCGAACACAGGCACCUGUGGAGUCUUCACCUCCUUCCCCAGCAGCUUUGCAAGCCUCUAUGUCAUUGAGAUUGUUGCCAAUAAUAUGUGCAGAUGGGGAACCAUCAGCACGAAACAUGCUUGACUCUGUAAUACUUCGAUUGCUUGGAAGUAGGGUUGUACACGAGGAUGUGGUACUGAUGCCAUCUGUUGUAUCCUCAGAAAUGUCUGGAGAUAGUCUUUUUGAUCGCUUAUUGUUGGUUCUACAUGGGUUGCUGAGCAGUUGCAGACCAAGUUGGCUAAAGUCCAAGGAUGCUAAGGAUUUUUCUGGACUUGACCGUGAGUCGGUGGAGGGCUUGCAGAACGAAUUAGAUUCUAUGCAAUUGCCAGAGAGGAUUAGAUGGCGAAUCCAAGCAGCAAUGCCAAUAUUAUUUCAUUCUCUUUGUUAAAUUUGGGUUUAGUUU